AUGGCGGGCGACUUUACUCUCAAGAAGAAAUUGUUGAAGCAUCUCAGGCGUAGAGAAGGGGAUUCAGCGAAACCGAAGACGCAGGAUGGCUCACCUACAUAUGGCCUGGCCUCAGCAAAUUCUUCACAAGCGCACUCAUCCAACUCUCAUAGCAACGCAGAUCCACCGAUCACAACCAUCUAUCCCACACCACUGUCGAUCAAUCGAGAUGAUUCCAAGUUUGACAGGGAGACGAAUGGGUUUGAUCUUAAUCCUGCGAACAAGGCUUGUUUACGAGAUCUCUGCGUGUCCGAUCCUCGCGACGACAAAGCCCGAAUUGAGGAUAUUAAAGGUGGCCUACUCAAAGGGUCAUAUAGCUGGAUCCUCGAUCACCCCAAUUUCCGGCAAUGGCGCGACGAGCAGAACCGGAUGCUCUGGAUUAAGGGUAGUCCUGGCACGGGCAAGACCAUGCUGCUUUGUGGUCUCAUCAACGAAAUAAAACCAUCGACGAGAUUGAGCGACCCGAAUGCCGACCCACUGCUCUCCUACUUCUUCUGCCAGGCAACCGACGUUCGUUUCAACAACGGUACUGCCAUGCUACGCAAUCUGAUCUACCUACUCAUUAUCCAACAACCAUACCUUAUCUGGCGCGUACGUGAGGAGUAUGAUCCUGUCGGCGGAGCGCUUUUUGAAAGUCCAAAUUCCUGGGACCACUUAUGCGCCAUCUUCAUAAAGAUUUUACAAGACCUGAGCGGAACGACCGUCUACCUGGUCAUCGACGCCCUUGACGAAUGCACUGACUUGAAACGUCUCAUUGGGUUUAUCUUGGGACUUCUGCCUAAUUUCUCGCAUGCCAAAUGGAUCGUAUCCAGCCGGGAAACCUACAUCGUCGACCGAUUUCUGAGGUCCAAUGACUUUGACUUAGGACUGAGUAUUGACUUAAACAAUGCUAUGUCUGUAUCUGACGCUGUUCACACGUAUAUUGACGAAAGGGUGUCCGAACUCAGGUCCUUACAAGGCGACGAUGAGCUCCGACAACUCGUUCGGAAUACUCUCCACGAGAAGACCCAUGGGAAUUUUCUCUGGGUAUCCCUAGUCAUCCAGCAACUACAAAGACAAAGUAUCAGGCGCAAGGAUGUUUUAGAAGUAAUCAGUGACGUACCAACAGACCUACGGGGGAUUUAUGCUCAAAUGAUAGAGCAAAUCCACCAGCUAUACGAAAGAAAGUAUUGUCUGCUCGUGCUUACGGCAGCUACUCUUGCAUAUCGUCCCCUACAUCUGUUGGAGAUAGCCAUUGUAUCCGGACUGCCUCCAAUCAAUAGGGAUAGAAUCGAGGAAUUUGUCAAGAUGUGCGGCUCGUUCCUAAUUCUACGAGACGAUCAUGUCUUCAUCAUCCACGUAACGGCCAAGGACUAUCUAUACACAAAUUGGAGCUCACUUCAGCUGGCUGGAGUUGCACAAAGACAUGCUGACAUUAAGAUACACAACCGCGUCAUCCAGAUCCGUUAG